AUGGAGAACUUUAACGACGACUUGUAUCCUUUGGCGCUCUUGAUGGAUGAGUUGAAACACGACGAUGUCAGCAAUCGAGUCCAGGCCAUGCAAAAAGUGGACACCAUUGCCAUGGCGCUUGGCCCCGAACGCACCAUCAAUGAAUUACUACCAUUUUUAAACGAUGUGGCCCAGGACGACGAGGAAGAAGUGUUCGCCGUAUUGGCCACCAAGUUGGGCGACUUCAUCCCGUUGAUUGGAGGCCACCAGAAUUGUGAACCCUUGAUUCAAAUCUUGUUGCAUUUGGCUCCCAUUGAAGAACCCAUUGUUAGGGACAAGGCCAUCGCUUCCUUGAACAACAUCAGCACCGAAUUGACCAACGAGGAGGUGUUUGAAAUCUUCUUGCCCAUCAUCCGAGAUUUAAGUCAGGGUAAUUGGUUCUCCAAGAGAAUUGCCAGUUGUGGAUUGUAUAAAUCUGUGGUUGUAAGAGUGGAAGCUCCUGUCAGACAAGAGUUAUUGGCGUUGUUUUUGAAGUUGGUCACUGAUGACGGCCCCAUGGUUAGAAGAAGUGCUGCCACCAACUUGCCUGCCAUCAUAAACAAGUUGACUGAUUUUACUGGAAUCGAUGCUAAUGAUCCCAACAAAGUCACCAACAAAGACUGGGAAAUCAUCAGCCAAAUGUUCCAAAGCUUGAUCAAUGAUGAUCAAGACUCGGUCAAGUUCUUGAGCAUUGAUGUGUUGAUUUCGAUUUUGGAGUACUUUCAAAAGAUCCAGGACCAAAGUCAUAACUCAGAUUUUUUGGUCAACUCGUUGAAAUUGAUGUCUGAUGAAAGCUGGAGAGUUAGAUACACUGCGGCAGACAGAUUCAACAGAAUUGCCGAGAACUUUGGUAAUGAAGAGGCCAAAUUGACCAAAUUGAUUGAGCCUUUUAUUUCUUUGAUGAAGGAUAAUGAAGGAGAAGUCAGAAAGGCCAUUGCUAAGCAAUUACCAGCAUUCUGCAAACUGUUGAACAAAUACGAAGCCUUGAAACCAACCAUCUUAAACAAGAUUUUGCCCGUGGUUAACGAGUUAAGUCAAGACCCUCAAGAAAAUGUUAGAAGUUCAUUGGCAUUAAACAUUACUGAGUUGUCAUCCAUUUUGUCCAAACAAUCCACCAUUGAUAAAUUAUUACCUAUUUUCCUCAACAUGUUGAAGGAUGAAUUUCCCGAUGUGAGAUUGAACAUCAUUUCGAAUUUAUCGAUAGUAAACGAAACCAUCGGCAUAAACUUGUUAACCACCAGUUUGUUACCUGCCAUCACUGAAUUGGCCCAGGAUUCUAAAUGGAGAGUCAGAUUGGCCAUCAUCGAAUACAUUCCAAAGUUGGCUGACCAGCUAGGAGAAGAAUUCUUUAACAAGGAAUUGUUAACCUUGUGCUUGUCAUGGUUAUGGGAUUCUGUGUAUGCUAUAAGAGAAGCGUCAGUGAAGAAUUUGAGAAAGAUCACAGAGAUUUUUGGUUCGGCUUGGGCUGACAAGUACAUCAUAGAUAAGUUGGUUUCGAUCAAGAACAACACUCACAGUUCAACAUUAAACAAUAAUGACAACAAUGAUGAUACAAUUCAUGACGAUAAUGAUAAUGAUGAAAUUAAUAUUGAUUUUGCAAGCUUUAUUAUAAGAAUAACUUGUGUGUUUGCUUUGAAUGAGUUGAUUCCUGUAUUAGACCACCAAAUUAUAACCGAAAAGGUGUUACCUUUCUUGAACGACUUGAUUGAUGACAAAGUACCAAACAUCAGAUUCAAUUUGGCCACAAGCUAUUUGCGCAUUUCCGAAACAUUGGCUGGGAAGCAAGGUGAUAGCCCUGUUAUUGAACAAAAUGUGUUGAAGAACUUGGAUAUUUUGGUUAACGAUAACGACUCCGAUGUUAGAUAUUUUGCUUCGAAAUCCAUUGACUCGAUUAAAGAGUUAUUAGCUGUCUAA